AUGGGAAUCAAAAAAUACCAAAAGCUAUUAAGAAAAACGUGCCUGACAUUAGAGGAGCAAAUUUCCUUUCUCUUAGAGCAUUUACCUAAUACCCAUGGCAAGAUAGACUUAGCAGAAUUAGCCAAGAGUUCAGAGUGCCGAUGUUGUUCACCUCGCACUUCACGGCUCGACAUCAUGGCUGCUGGACCUCAGCUGCCAUCAUGUCGAGCCGUGAAGUGUUGA